GUGGAUCUCUGCUGCUCCUCUGUUAUUACCCCUAAAAUGCUGGUGAACCUUGUGUCAGAAAAGAACAUCAUCUCUUAUGCAGGGUGCAUGUCACAGCUCCACUUUUUCCUUGUUUUCGUCACGGUGAUAGCCUGAAGCUGCUAUGUCAUCAUAUGCCGCCCUUUGCUUUACAAUGUCAUAUCUCAUCCCAUCUGCUCCCUGCUGGUGGCUGUGGUCAACACCAUGAGACUCACUGGCUCAACAGCAGACACUGGCCUCAUGUUAAAAGUGCCUCAUUGUGAGCUGCUCAUCAGUUACUACUUCUGUGACAUCCUCCCCAUCAUGAAGCUCUCCUUCAUUAGCACCUAUGAUGUGGAGAUGAUGGUCUUUUUGGUGACUGGAUUCAACAUUGUAGUUACCAGCUUAACGGUCCUUGUUUCCUAUGCCUUCAUCCUCUCCAGCAUCUUCCACAUCAGCACCACAGAGGGCAGGUCCAAAGCCUUCAGAACCUGCAGCUCCCACCUUGCAGCUGUGGGGAUGUUCUAUGGAUUGACUGCGUUCAUGUAUUUAAAACCCUCCACGGCCAGUUCCCUGGCCCUGGAGAAUGUGGCCUCCGUGUUCUACACCAUGGUGAUCCCCAUGCUGAAUCCCCUAAUCUACAGCCCGAGGAACAAGGAGGUGAAGGCUGCUGUGCAGAAAACACCGAGGAGAACAUAUUGGUGUGAAUCAACAUCUGAGGAGUUUCUAAGGAACGCCCUGGGCCCAGACCUGGUGUCCUCGGCACCUGGGCCUCAACUGGCCUCCCGCAGCAUGGAGACCCACCCCCACAAAAAUGGGCUGGCCCUCUCUGACCCACCGGCACAGGUCCAACAGCUUCAGGAGGCCAAGGCCCAGUGGCAGGAAGGGGCCUGUGCAGAGCCCAGGGCUAAACUAUCCUUGGAAGACAUCCUGGAGUUUGUACACAACGAGCUCUCUGUGGACUGGGCCCUUGACAAUGACGAGGUGCUAAGGCACCCUCAGGCUUCCACAGCAGAACUAUGUUGA